AUUGCUCAGUAUGUAAAUGUCUUAAGACCAGGGCCAGUUUUAAGCCAAUUUGACAGGUUCGUUCAAAUUGAGCCCCGCACACACACUCAAGUGGAGAACGCUAUGAUGAAUUAAAUAUUUCCUAAUGUUUUUACUGCUUUGAGGAUUUACUUAACUAAUGCUCGUAACAGUCCCAGUCCGAUCAGGCGAAAGAAGUUUUUCAAAACUAAAACUGAUUAAAACAUAUCUACAAUUAACAAUUUCACAAGACAGACUAAAUAAUUUGGCGAUGCUAUCUAGAAAAUGACAUUACAAAAACCAUUGACAUUGAAAUGAUUUUACAAGUCUUCUCGACUAAAAUAUCCAGAAAAGCCUGUUUUUUAGGUCUGUUCAUUAAUAGUACGUCAGCAAUUAUUUUGACUUGCAAUAAAACUUAAAAACUUUCAUAUGAACUUCCAAUUUUUAAUAUAUCAUUGUGGCUAAUGGUGGAACCUGAAGCCCUCAGUGCCUUUUGGUUGAGACUGACGUACUAUACGAAGCAUAAAACAUCAAUCUUCAGUUUUGUAGAGGGCCUCACAAUUCACUAAUUGGGUCCCGCACUUCCUUGCACCGGCCCUGCUUCAGACCACUGUACUUAAUACUACGAAAUAUUUCUUUCCCAGCGAAUUGUCUUAACAUUACAUCGAGUUACAGAAGACAAAAUUUUGCACUGCCUGUUAUCUUAGAUGGUCGCAUGAAUGGCGACUGAACUCCAAUUGGAGUGCUCGUACUUGAGUAUUCCUUCAGCAGGGGGCAGCUUCAUCGAAGAAACUGGCGAAUGUUAUUUCUAUUCCCGGCUUACCUUAUCGCACAGCAUAUAUUCUGCAUUGACACAGCGAUCAACUGUUCCAUUUAUCUUGCGGCAACUUUUGGUGGCUGAUGUCUCAUAUUGAUACUGGUGAUAUCAUCAAUGGAUCCAAAGGCCAGAGAUGGAAGUUGCUACAACAGCUGGGGCUAGGAAAAUGCUGCAAUGUUUAUAAAGCCGUUCUUCUAGAUGGAGAUUGUCAGGCUGCUGUGAAAGUUUACAAGAAAGGUUUGCAGUAUGAAGGAGCUCAGCAACGUGAACAACUUUUACUACAAAUUGUUUUACAAAAGCAGGGAUUAUGCAAACAACUUGUUGAAGUAAUUGACAGUUUUCAAAUAAAUGGUCAUAGUAUAUUGGUUGAAGAACUGCUGGAGUUGAAUCUUUACCAAAUAAAAUGUUUAACAGAGUUGAAAACGUUCUCAUUUUACAUGAUACAAAUGUUUAUAAAAGAUGUUUUGAUAUCUCUAAAUGCAAUUCACACCAAUGGAUUUGUACAUGGUGACUUGAAACCUUGCAAUUUGAUGUGGAGUGCACAGAAUGGAUGUAUGAAACUCAUAGAUUUUGGACUUAGUUUUCACAUUAGUGAUGAGGAUGUUUGUCAAAUUCAAUCCCCCAGCUAUCGAGCUCCAGAAGUUGUUAUGUAUAACAAAGGCAAAAGAGAUAUUAAACUGACUCAAGCAGUAGAUUUGUGGAGUUUAGGGUGCUUACUCAUCUGGAUGUUCACAGGUCAAAAGAUGUUCCAGAAAAAGCCAGCUGGUCCCUGUAAUAAUUGUAGUUUGCAGAAGAGAAAUGUGGAAAACUGUGAAUAUGGCAUUUUAGCACAACAAAUGAUUGAUGAUAAAAUUUCAGAAGAACCAUUGCGUAGUUCAGAAAUGGGAUCUGCUUGUCUAACCUUCCGAAAAUUAGUGUCUCGUGUGAUAACAUGUAAAGGCUGUGAACGUUUAACAAGUCAGACUGCACAAAAUCAUCCUUUCUUUUCAAUUCCAUUUGAGCCUUCUUUCUGUGAUAUGCUACUACUGCCAACAGUUGUUAUCAGGAUACUGAACAGUAUAGAUGUAAAUGAAACAGACACUCAUGCAGCCAUCAAAGAAGAAUUAACCAGUAGAUGCUGUAAAUUUGGAAAGUUGGUUAAAUGUGUUCUUCCAACUGAAGGCAAAGGAAAAGGAAUUAUAUUUAUGAAAUUUGAAAAGGCAGUGGAAGCCAUCACAGCUUUUAUACAGAUUAAUGGAAAGGUCUUGCAUAACCGGACAGUGAUCACAACAUAUCAUUCAGUUCGCGACUUUGAUGCUGGAAUAUAUUAUUAAUAAUUUAAGAAUUUUUAUUUUAGCAUAUAAUAGGGUUAAUUACAUUGUAGGAGAAUUAUUUUUAAUCAUUUAAGAACACACAAAAAUUGUUAUAGCAGCCUACGUGUUUUUAAAUAGCCAAAAUGACUUUUCCACUGUAUAAUAGUCUCAAAUCAAGUUACUUGCCAGACAAGUACAACUUCAAAACAUAUGGAAAAUUGAACAAUUACCAAGUUCCAUGAGUUAUGUGAUAAAUACUGUAAUUCUUUACUUGCUUUAUAUUUAUAUUCCUUGAAGGUUAUUUUAUCAAAAUAUCUUCAGCUUUAACAUUUAGAAAUUAACCAAGUAUUUUGUACUCUAUGAUUGUCUAUGCAGUAAAAUGAUAUGAUGGCAUCCAGCUGUAAAAACUAUACCAAAAGUAGCACGAUGUACACAAUUACAGUAUUGGCCAGUAUUUUUUCUCUGUUGUUGUGUCUGUCAGAUGUUGAAGAACUAUGACAAGUGGUGAGAAGUUAUGAGACCCGUCCAUGCCAGCAUGGAAAAAAAAGGAUAUAAAUUGAUUACUUUGAUGAUGAUGAUUGAUAUUUUAUGAUAUUUUGUCAUUUUGAAUAUUGUCGUUGACAAGUUACAACAUGUUUAGACAAGAAAAGAAUAUAGAGAUAACUUUGUUUUCGGUUUUUUACUAUAUUUAUUUUCGCUAAAUGGCAUCAAAAUAAUAUUUAUAUAUUUUGUACCAAGUAAGUUCCUAGCAAACUGAUUCACAUUCCUAGUAGCCAUUAAGCUUUAUUCAUAUAAUUAAAGCUUUCUUUCUCUAUUAAUUAUAAGUUACAGGCCUGGGGCCUAUGUAAGAAGUCCAUGUAUCGGUAUGCAUAUGAACAUAUGUAUGUAUGUAUGUAUAUAUUUGUAUGUAUAUACAUAUAUAUGUAUAUGUAUGUAUGUAUAUACAUAUAUAUGUAUGUAUAUACAUAUGUAUGUAUAUACAUAUAUGUGUAUAUACUUAUAUAUGUAUGUAUAUAUAUGUAUGUAUAUACAUAUGUAUGUAUGUAUAUACAUACAUAUGUAUGUAUACAUAUAUAUGUAUGUAUAUAUACAUGUAUGUAUAUAUACAUGUAUGUAUAUAAAUAUGUAUGUAUAUACAUAUAUAUGUAUGUAUAUACCUAUAUGUAUGUAUGUGUAUACAUAUGUAAAUAUGUAUAUACGUAUGUAAAUAUGUAUAUAUAUAUAUAUAUAUAUAUAUAUAUAUAUAUAUAUAUAUAUAUAUAUAUGUGUGUGUAUAUAUAUAUAUAUAUAUAUGUAUGUAUGUAUAUACAUAUAUGCAUGCAAACAUACAUGCAUACAUACAUACAUACAUACAUACAUAUGUACAUAUGUAUCAUGCAUGUAGUCAGUACUUAGUAUUGAUGACCCCUUUCUGCCGUAUAUUUUCCUUUAAAUAUCUCGGGAGUGUUAAAAGUAAUGCUUAUCUAUGAACUCUCACUAGGUAUUUUUGUUUGUCCAACAAUUAUUUAUAUGUUUUAUGUGUGCUAUUUUGCAACAAAAUAUAUCAGUUAUAUUUUCUUUUUUUUUGUGAUUUGGUGCUACUUCAUAGACUGUUUAAAAUACUAUGUUGGAAAUCUAUUUUUCGUAUUUUUAAAGAUUUUGGAAAAAAAAAAUGAUUCCUAUGAAUGUUGAAGGAUAUUUUACCAACAUUAUAAACCUUCAAUGUGACAUAAUGGUUUUACUGGCUUUCCAUAAACAAAUUAUAAAUUGCAUUUUUAAAAGUGUGUGAAUGUUUGUAUUUAGGAAGAGAAGUUUUCAUCUUUUUAUUUAUUUUAAUAUUUUCAAAUGACUUCCAUAAUAUUUAUGUGAUAUAUUUUGUUCAAAAGAAACUGUUAAUGCUAAAUUAUCUAUUGUCGUUUUUAAAGAAACACAUCUUAAAAUAUCAAUGCCAAACUGCACCAAAAAUUUUCUUGCUUUAAUAUGCAAAAAUUGAACUAAUAAUUUUAAUUUAAUGCAUAGUAUUUUAUGUAAAAUUUAUUGUAAAAGAUUCCUUUUUUAACACUUGUUAUUAUCUUCUGUUUUGCACCUCACCUGUCAUUUAAAAAGGAAAUUUAAAAAAACAAAAAAACAUUUCUUUUGCCCAUAUUGUUUAUACUAAUUAAUUUAUUGGAAAUAAUUGAUCUGCAAGGCAAAGAACUGUAUCUUAAACUCAGGGAAGAUUGUUAUUUUUAAAUGGAUACUAAAUUCAGUACAUUGUUUAACAGGAUACUAUUUUGACCAAAUGAUAUCAAUACUUUAUAUUUAUCUUAACUAAUAUAAUAAUGCACUAAAUAGUAACUGGGGCAAAAUUAUUUAAUUCAAGCUUUUAAAUAGUAUUUACUUUUCUUGUAUAUUUAAUUAUUUUAAUUUUCUUCGUGACCAAUAAUAUAUCAAGAAUUAUACUAAUUUUAAAAAAAAAUAUAUAAUUAUUAUGAAUUGCAUACUUAGUUGAAUUUUUUUAAUUCAUGUAUUUAAAAAUAAUUCUUUAUUUAAAAACAACCUGAAAGGUGCUAAUUCUAAUAAAAAUUUAUCUAAAGUAAUACAUAUUAUUUUAUUCAUUUGUGACAUUUCCCUCUCAGUUUCCACCAUUCCUUAUUCAUCAUACUGAACUGUUCGUCCAAGACUGUCAAAUUCACAGCCAUUAAUAUACCUUUAUUAAUUCACAUAUCAACAUCAGCAAAAUUCCAUCAACAUAUCAAUUUUUGAUUUUGUAAAAUAUUCAAAUAAAUAAUGAAAAUAAUAGACAUUUGUCAUAUUAAAAUGUUCUUUUUUAAAUUAAUUUGUUUUAUAUUAAACCAAUUUUUAAAAAAAUUUUAUUUUUUUGUUUGUUUUUGUUAAAAUAUUUUAAAUAGUCAUAUAAGUGUAGAUAUUAUACAUUGUUAACUAUUAUGCAUCUUUAAAUGAGGACAUUAAGUUAUACUUACAAUUAAAUAGUUACGUUACUCCUCAUCUCAUACCAAAGGUAUUGUUUGACAAGUUUUAUUUAUCAAAAUUUUAAAUUCUAAAGAUUUGUUCAUUUUAUGUUUUGAAUUUAUAUUGGAAAACGUUUUCUAGAUCAUUUUAUUGCUCUUAAUUUUUGUUUCAUAUGCUGGUGUCAUAGUGUUUGUUUUUCAGCCAUGCAACAGGCACAUAAAUAGAUUUAAAAGUAUAAGAUUACGUUUCCUUCUGCUCUCAUCAAUUUAUAAUAGAAGAAAUUAUUUAUCAUUAUAGUAAUUGAGUUUCAAAGAUAUGAUUACCAUAUGAAUCUUGUAUAUAUAUUUAAUAUUCAGAAUGUUAAAGGGUUUUAUAAAUAAUUUUUAAAAAGUCUUUAUUGUCUUUGAAACAACUGAUGAAAGGCAAAUACAACUAACUUCUAGUAAUUAUCAUUGCUUUUAAACAGUGAUUAUCACAAUACUAAUUAAUACACAUAAAUAUUGUAAUGAUCACUACUUGAAAGAACAUUGCCAUUUAUAACACUAAGUGGUACAGGAUAACAUACUUAAUAUAAUGAGCUAAAAAACCACUCCAUUUUUCAAUGAAAAUUAUCACUUGUAGGAAAAUAAAUUUUAUUAGCUUACUAAUAAUUCUUAUGAAGACAGCCAUGGGAGACAAUAAUCAAUUAGAAAAUUGGAUGGAGGAUUCAGUGAGUGAUUGAAUUUGAUCUUUGGCAGGUAUGGUAACAACUCUAGAUAUGUUUCAGUAUUAUUAGACCUCCUCAGCUAAAUGUACUAACCGGUACUUACCCAGAUCCACAGUUACUGAGAUUUUUAGGGUGGUGGGUGGGUAACUGUAUUAAUUAUAUUAUCUCACUUCACAUGCAGAAUCCAUCCAUAGAAAAUAUCCCCCCCCCCACUGUCAUCAUUUGUCAUUAAUAGCCUCUUAAUUAUAUUGACAUUUUCAUAGUACAUACUCCCUACCUUUCUUUUAACAGAUACAGUUUAAACUAGUCACUAACAUUCUUAAAACAGUAAUAAAUUGACAACAGUACAACUGAACUAUUUUGUUUUCAAUUUAUCUUUUCUUUAUAUGAUCUAGUUUGACAAUAAGUGGUACUAUUUGCUUCUAAUUGUUUAUCUAGAUCAAGUUGUUGAAUGUGAUUCAACAAAAUUAUUCAUUAUCUGUUCAAAUGUCAUAUUUAUUUGGCUUCUUAUUGUUUUUCUCACCCCACAUAAGAAAUUUGUUUUUCUUUUUUUCACCUUGUAACACUUUACCAACUUUUGUUUUUCUUUUUGCUAUGAUUCAAACCUAUUCCUUGCUUUUUCCCUGUUGUUUCCACAUUGCCAUUUUAUAUUGUUUAUUUUGAAAUUGUUUACAUUUUGUAUUAAGUUUUUAUUUUGUAACUAUUUUAAAAGUAGUCAUGAAAAUCAUUACUUUCAUGUUAAAUUAAAAAGCAUUUCUUCUUUAUAUGAAUAAAAUUUUUGUCCUGA